AUGGCCGAGUGGAUCGCCAGCUUGUAUGACUCGGUCGGGAAGCUUGGGAGCAAUAUUCUUAACGGAAACGUGGACAGGCUGGGAUCGUACAGCGAGUGCCUCUCCGCCUGGGCUCCCUCGGGGCGCUUCCAAGGACAGUACUGCAAGUUUCAGAUCCUGCAGUGUAAUGGCUGGACGUGGUACCUGGCCAACGAUUUUCAGUGCCAUCUCAUCACGCCGGCGAUCGUCCUCAUCCACAGAAAAGCUCCAGGGGCCCGGGAGCACCUGGCCCAAUUCUCUGGGGCUGUCGCAGGCCUCGGCUCUGUGACGGACUAUGGCUGCUCCAAGAGCUCUGGAGACCUUGGCAAGCGCCUGCGGGGAACAGGUGGGGCAGGUAUCAAACAUGACCUUUUGCCUCAUGUUCUUUUGUUUUUCAGUGAAAACGUGACUGUGUUGUACUUCUCCGAGUACUAUACAAAGCCCUACUGCAGAUUCGGACCAUUCCUCGUGGGGCUCUUUCUGAGCAUUUUCAUGCACCCAAACCGCCAGGCAAACAUUCUUAAAACCAAGACGCAGGCCCUGCUGGGGUGGACUUGCUCCCUGGCCACCCUGUUCGCAGUGGUCGCUCUGGCAUAUGCAGUGGAUGAUACUUCUGUCACCUCUUCACCUGCCGUUGCUCUGUACCAGGCCCUCCACCGGACCCUGUGGGCGGCAGCCGUGGGCUGGGUCCUGUUGGCAUGUCAGGAAGGCUAUGGAGGGCUGGUGAACAGGCUCCUCUCCUGCCACAUCUGGGCUUUCCUGGCCAGCAUCAGUUACGCUUGCUACCUGGUUCAUCCGAUCCUCAUCAUGCUCUACAACGGGCUUCAAGAAACGCUCAUUCACUACAGCGACACCAACAUGUUCUACCUUUUCUCUGGACACUGUUUGCUGACCUUCAUCACUGGGCUGGCCCUGACACUGUUCAUUGAGAAACCAUGUCAGGAGCUGAAGCGGUACCUGUUGGGACCAGUGCCCGCUGGGCCAUGAACAUUCUGGUAAAACCCUAGAGAAUGACUGGGUUUUUUUCUGCUGGCAAUGAGCUAAAGUAGACAGGGGCUCAUUUAUGUAACAGACGCUUGUGUUCCCGAAAAGGGGUGUGAAUUCUGAUUUGGUGAAUGCUUAAGAUAUACAAGUUCUCUGUGCUUAAUGCAUAAAAGAGUUCUGAGUGUUUAUUUACUAUAUAAAAGAGUUCUGUGAUAGCCUGUUGGGUAGCACAAUAAUCACUCUCUGAUGUACCUUUUUAGAAAAAAACAAAAAACAAACAAACAAACAAAUAAACAAAACCAAAGAAAAACAAUCUAGAUUUGUGAUAUCUUGUUCGGCAUGUACUUUCUGUACCAAUGAUCAUAGGAAAACAUCAAAUCUAGUGAAUUUAAUGAAACUUGGGUUAUAAUCACAUUUCUUGGUAAAGUCACAGUAUGUAGUUUUUCAUGUCAUCGUUAUCUUUGUGUUAUCAUGAUACCUUUGAGGACUUGUAACUUUAUUUCAGAGCCUCAGGAUUGUAUGACCCACUAGCGUGCCCAGUUCAUGGGUGUGUCAUUACAGGCCUUCCAAACAUUAUCUAUUUUACAGCACGGUCGCUGUUAUGGGUUGAAUAUGUCCACCGAAAAAGAUACAAAGUCCU